AUGAAUCUACUUGGUCUAAUAAGUUCCAGAGCUUAUUUUUGCUGUAUGGUUGUGUUUGUUCUAAUAGGAGGAGUACCUUUCUCUUCAAAUGCACAACUUGAUCCAUCUUUUUACAGCACAACUUGUCCAAACGUUAGUUCCAUUGUUCGUGGAGUCCUAACAAAUGUUUCUCUGACAGAUCCUCGUAUGCUUGCUAGUCUCAUCAGGCUUCACUUUCAUGAUUGUUUUGUUCAAGGUUGUGAUGGUUCGGUUUUGCUGAACGAUACAGCUACGAUAGUGAGUGAGCAAACUGCACCAGCAAAUAAUAACUCCAUAAGAGGUUUGGAUGUGGUGAAUCGAAUCAAAACAGCAGUGGAAAAUGCUUGUCCUAAUACAGUUUCUUGCGCUGAUAUCCUUGCUCUUUCUGCUGAAAUAUCCUCUGAUCUGGCUAAUGGUCCUACUUGGCAAGUUCCAUUGGGAAGAAGGGAUAGUUUAACAGCAAAUAAAACCCUAGCUACUCAAAAUCUUCCAGGCCCCUCUUUCAAUCUUUCUCUACUAAAAUCUACUUUUCUUAUUCAAAACCUCACUACAACCGAUCUAGUUGCACUCUCAGGUGGUCAUACAAUUUGA